AUGGCGACGGAGACAACCAGCUCGAAGGCGCUGAGCAUGAAGCUGCUGGUGGACAGCAAGGCGCAGCGCGUGCUGUACGCGGAGGCCGGCAAGGACGUCGUCGACUUCCUCUUCUCCCUCCUCACCCUCCCCGUCGGCACCGUCGUCAAGGUUCUCUCCAAGGACUCCAUGGUCGGCUCCAUCGGCGAGCUGUACGCCAGCGUCGAGGACCUCGACGCCACCUACGUCCGCUCCGCCGACGCCAGGAACGUGCUGCUCGCGCCGGCCGGUGGCUUCGACACCGGCAAGCUCCUCCAGCUGCCGGAGACGGCGGCGCCGCUGGCCACGAAACUUUACCGCUGCAGCUCGUGCGACUACAACGAGUGCUAUGACUAUGUUUCCACGGUGAGUGGCUUGCGUUGUCAGAUCGCUCGAUGCCCUGGCAAGAUGACGGUGGCAAUGAAGCUUGUGGUGUCGAGCACGAGCACUACAGCUACCGGAUCGGCCAGCGGCGGCGAGGCGGCGCAACCAGCAUAUGCUGUUGCCGGCACGGGAUUUGUGCAGGGGGUGGUGACGUACACGAUCAUGGAUGACCUCAGGGUCGCGCCCAUGUCCACCAUCUCCGGCAUCACGCUGCUCACCACCUUCGGUGUUACUGACAUCACCUCGCUCCAGGAGAAGACCGUGCAGAUUGGCUACACUGAGGGCUUGGCGAUGCUGAAGGCGUCGCUGCAGUCGAAGACGGUGCUCACAGAUGUCUUCCUUGGCAAGAAGAGGAAGGCCUGAUGUGAUGUGAUCGCCUGCGCGGGAGCCUCGUU